GUGAGGACAGAAAGAGCACAGAGGGAUGAUAGCAACAACUGGGAAAAGGAAACUCAAAGACGAUCACUGAAGGGCAUAGACAGAAAGGCACUGAAGCUCAAGGGAACCCAGAUUGUUUCCUCAUCUCCAAGCAGCCAUGGUCUUCCUGCUCAUAUCCCUAACCAUGAUGCAUUUGGUCACCUUGGUCAUGCUCCUCAUCGCCACCCUGGAGAAGUCCUGGUGGAUAUGGGAUGAUUUAGAAAUCACAGACCUCUGGUAUAACUGUUUCCAUGAUAAUGCCACAAACACCUGGUUGUGUGCGGCUACCAAUGAAAGUGACUGGCUGCAGUCUGUCCAGGCCCUCAUGGUCCUCUCUGUGGUCUUCUCCUCCAUCUCCUUCCUGGUUUUCCUCGGUCAGCUGUUCACCAUGUCCAAAGGAGCUCUCUUCUACUUCACAGGCCUCUGUCAGGCUUUUGCAGGUUUCACAACAUUUUCUGCUUGCCUCAUCUUCACCUUCCACAGAAAGGAGAUUCUAAGUGAAUCCAGAGAUCUGAGCCAAGGACGCUUUGGUUAUUGUUUCAUCCUGGCGUGGCUGUGUGUGCCGCUCCUUCUGGUCAGUGGACUCCUUUACGUCCACCUGCGCAAGAAGCAGUGAGCUAAAACCAUAAAGGAUGGAAAACCUCUCAACAAGAGUGUGAUGCUCUUCACUCACUUUCCAGUUAUAGAAACUGCACCUGAGCAAAUGAGAUGAGUGAGAAGGAAAUACUUCUUUAAAUGCUAAAAUUCUCUAUUCUUUUUGACUUAAUAUCCACUCUACCGUGCUGCAUGGUUUGUGGGAAAUUAUGUCAUCAUCAUCUAUGUCUGAGAGACAUAGUUGUCACUCAAGAUCAAGAAAACUAAAACUCAGUCAUGCUGUAAGAUCCAAAGAUCAUAUUAAUGUUACAUGAAGGAUUUUGAUAGAAAUUAAAAUAAUGAAUGCACAUCUUGUGCUUCAUGUAUGAUUGUGAGUUUUUGCUGUUGUAUUUUGUACCUGUAUAUAUCUGUUUACUUACAAUAAUAAAAAACAAUACACUGAU